AUGAAAACCAUCGUAUCAUCACAGAAAGUCAUCAUUCCCGAUGGAGUUCAAGUGGCGAUAAAUUCCAGGAAAGUAACGGUCACAGGAAAACAUGGAACUUUGAAGAGAUCAUUUAGACAUUUGCCAAUUGACAUUCGUCUGAACAAGUUGAAGAAAUACAUCAAAGUAGUAAUGUGGUUUGGAGUACCAGACAGAUUGGCAUGUAUCAGAACAGUGUGUACACAUUUAAAAAAUAUGUUCACAGGUGUUACAAAGAAGUUUUUAUACAAAAUGAGACUAGUACAUGCUCACUUUCCAAUUAAUUCAAAUAUAGUAGAUAACAACAAAUUAAUCGAAAUUAGAAAUUAUUUAGGAGAAAAAAGAGUAAGAUUUGUCAAAGCUUUACCAGGUGUACUUAUUGAAAAGUCACCUAAUGUUAAGGAUGAAAUAUAUGUAAGUGGCGCUGACAUUGAAAACGUUUCACUAACUGCUGCUUUAAUUCAUCAAUCAGUUCUGUGUAGAAAUAAGGAUAUAAGAAAGUUUCUUGAUGGUAUUUACGUUUCAGAGGUUACAACAGUUGAGAAGGAUGAGUGA